AUGUCGGACACUCCUCCGAAGCGCACUCGUGGGAAGCGAGGUGGUGAUCCAUUUCGUCGCUCGCAAGUGAAUCGCAAGGCUGCUGGCCUGGUCUCCCACCUGGACUACCACGAUCCGGACAGUUUUGAAGCUGAUCGUAUUGCCCAGGAAAGGAGAGAAGAGAGGUCACGCUCAGUCGCAAAAACUGGGGCUGUGGCAAAGGGGCCAGUUGAGCCAAGGUAUCCUCCAAGGGCUGUACCAGCUGCUUCUGUGGCUGGUGGAGAGUCAAGGAGGGGUGUGCCGCAGAGGCAGGUCACUGUGACCCAGUCCUCGGUGGUGGUGCCUGCUCGGCCGAUUCCGCCGCCUCCAGCUCCGAGUGGUGCAGCUGAGGGCCAGUGGCAGCUGUCUUGGGUGUGGGUUCCGAAUUCGGAAGAUCCUGGGGCUGCUUCGUCGGUGGAUAGGUCGGCGGCUCCGACUGCUCCACCAAAGGCACCUUCAAGGAGGAGAUCAAGGUCGCCAUUGAGGAGGAAGAGUCCAAAGGGUGUUCCUGCAAAGCCUAGCAAGGCAGGUACAUCUGUGGCCGAGGCAGAAACUCCAGUUGCCAAGGCCGACACUCGGGUGGCUGAGGCUCCAAAGGAGAGCGCUAGGAAGCAGUUGCCGAGGCCAAGAGUGAAACCUACUGCGGAGACAACUGAGGCAACUUCAUCACGGCCGAGGUCGCCAAAGGUGACAGGGGCAAAGGCUGUGUCUGGCACAGCUGAGGAGGUGAUAGAAGUUGAGGAGGAGCCUGCGAGGAGCUCUUCACCCCUUCCGACAAAGAAGAAGAAGGCUAGAGGAGCUGCUCCGAGUUCCGGUUCAAGGACCUCGGUUGGGGCUGGUGGUGCUGAGAGGCCAUUAAUUGGUUUGGAUUGGCAUCGCACUUUGAGCCACGAGAAGUACACCGAUAGUGGGGUGAAGGAAUCCUUUGGAGCUCCAGAGGAAGGGUUUGACUUCUGCGUGGUGUCCUUCUCCAGCAACGUGGGUACUCAGAGGCAGACGCUUGACGGUGCUACGAACCUUCAGGCCCAGCUAGAGCGCAACUUCACGCAGAUCUCCAUUGUGCCUCGGAAGAAGACCUCGGACUACGCCAGGAAAGCGAGCAUCACAGGCAAUUGGGAGUCCAAGGCAGAGCUUGUCCGGGAUCUUGGGUGUGCUAUCUACAUCGACGACCAGGAGGAGUUGUGCCAGGACAUCAGAUCCUUGCAGUCAAGUCGUGCUGUGGGGAACAGGGUCCAGACUGUGGUUGCAAACAGUCGUUCUCCGACGGACUCGCUGAAGCCCCUUGCCAAUUUGGUGAAGGACAAGGAGGUCAGUGAGUUCCCAGUGCCAUCGGUGCUCAAGUCCUUCAAUUGA